AGCGAACUGAGUGGUACAAAAGUGGCGCGGUACGGCGAUAUAUUUUGUCCAUCGGAAACACCAAUGUCACUUACAGCUUUUGCCAGGAUUUUACAAAAUACCUUCGAGUAUUUUUGUUUCAUUCCUAACAACAAAAAUAAUAUCGCAUUGUUAUCGGUGUAUGACUAGUUCUGCUCAAUCUGAGCUCGUUUAACCUACGGUGGCUAACCAAAAUACAAGGAGGAACUAUAUUGCUUUUUCUUGCACUGUCGGUUAUGGUGCACACGUUUGAUUGUUUACACAGCAACCAGUACACGGAGCGUUAUACAUGACAUGAAGAUAGUGAGCAAUUUAGUUAGCUACCACUAGCUGCAUCAUCAGAUAGGAGCUAGAUAUCGUACUACUUUAUCGAGUUAAAAUCUUGACCCAUCAUACAUAUUAAUUCAUUAUAUUUGACAUUACACAAUACAUAAUAAUUCUGAUGAGCAUUUGGUAAUUCGGCGCAUUUGAUGUUAUAAGUUAGCUAGCUCCUCAUAGCUAGCUACUAACUAGUCAGCUAUACAGUUAAUGUGUUGGCUGGCUGACUAACUAGCUAGCCAAAAUAUCCUCAUAUUCUGAAUAACGUCGUCUGUGGCAUUGUCUAGCAAUGCAGAAAUCUCUGAGCACCGAAGAGACAUUCUACAUCAAUUGCAGGGCUGCAUACCUGGCGGUAUUAAGAUCCAGUUUAGCGAAUAUAACCUCAAAGGAGCAACUGUGUCUGGUUUUGCAACAGGCUGGCAGAAACCCAUCCCAGAAGACCCUGGAAAAGUUCUGGACAGAGAGAACCACAAAACUGAACUUUGAUGACUUCUGUGAAAUUCUUAGAAAAGAGAAACCAACAGAAGAAAGUGAGCUGCUGAGGGCCUUCAGAAAACUAGAUCUAAGUGGUCAGGGAUAUGUUUUACACAGUGAACUCUAUAAAGUUCUCACUUCGAGAGGUGAAAAGAUGAGUCCUGAGGAGGUUAAUCAGUUUUUGUCAUUAGCUGGGUCCAAUAAAGAUGGGAAGUUAGACUAUACACAGCUCUGCAGGCUGCUGGUGUCCACCGCAGGGCGGUGUCAGACGCUGGCCGUGGAGAAGCUGGAGUCUGACGCCAAGCUGAAGCAGCAGAACUUUGGCAAUCAGACGGAGAUCUCCCUGAAGGACUCUGCGUCACAGGCCGUUCCCGCAUCACCCGAGGCCCCACAGAAAACAGAGCCGGACUCCACGCCAAGGAAAGCGGAGGGCAGGUCUUCCUCACGCCCCUCUUCGGCUCGCAGUCGGCGAACGUCGGCGUCCACUAACAUCACCGUGGCAGCCAGCAGCACUAAGAGUGGCCAUCUGUCAGAGCCCAAGUCUCUUCAGACUUGGCAUCAUACAAGUACUAAAGGCUGCUUCUUUUUGGAAGAGGAUGGUGGGAUUGUGUCUCUGCAAUACCGACUCCACCUCCCCCAGACCAGCACUGUCUUCCUCACCAUCCGGCCUCUCAACCUCAAUCAGGAGGACGAAAGGCCUUCCUCUUGGAUGAAGGUGGACACUGCUCUUUUCCUUGUGACUGCAAACAAGACGAAGGAAGACUCGAACCUGGUGUGUUUCACAGAGCAGAGAGACAAAGAGAAGUUUGGCUGGAAGGGGGAACUGAGUGCGGGCACCUACCACAUCCUGCCCUUCAGCACGGGCUGCAGGCUGAGGAGGAGCAGGGCGCCGGCGCUGAAGACAGCCCAGCUGGUGUACAGGACCGACGCUGGGGAGCUGGCUCUCACCAAAGAGUUCAGGGCGGCGCUCUCGGACAUCUUCGAGGUGAUCGACCUGGAUGGCAACGGGCUGCUCAGUCUGGAGGAGUACAACUUCUUUGAGGAGAGGACCAGCGGGGAGAAGUGUGACGAGGACGCCUGGGCUGUCUGCAAAGAGAACUUUGACACCAAAAAGAAUGAGCUGACGAGGCAGGGCUUCAUGGAGCUCAACCUCAUGGAGGCCAACGACCGCGAGGGGGACACCGCGGAUCUGUGGGUCACCCUGGAGUCCAUGGGCUACAACCGAGGCCUGGAGAUGGUGGAGGCCUGUCCAUUUGUCAUUGACGUUUAUUCGGAGGAAACCCAGCCCACCGUCCAGCCAAUUAACCUGGAGUCCAGCAGCAAGGUCCUCAACACAGCCCUGCAUAGAUCGGUUAUCUCUAAAGGGGAGGCCAAGACCAUCAAGGGCCACGAAAACGUCAUUAUCCACACCUACAAAAGCGAGGCCAGGAUUUCCUCCGUCAUCGCCAACAAGUCCAACCACAAAGUGACGGUGCAUGUGAACAGCGAGCAGAGUAAGAACUGCAUUAGCAGUAGAGGCAUGAGUGUGUUUGCUGUGGAGGUCCCUGCAAGAACCAAAAUGGUGUGCCAACAUGUUCUCCCCAUCAAUGAGAAACAGGAGUGGACCUACCACUGUGUUGAAAGCAUUGUGUCUUAAAUCCCAGACACUACACUGAUGGCUUUUAAACAAGCAAGGUGCAUUUAGCCUGGAAUGUUGUGCUCAUGUAAUCAUUACCACCUUGUUACCAUGUACAUGUUCCCAAGUAAUCGGUUAUCUUUUUGGAACCAACUUUCGUCUCAGAUUUAAAUUUAAAAAAUUUUUUUUUUUAUCCCAGUCCAGAACACUCAGUCAUACUCAGAAGUGUGUGUGAUUAGUGCAGCGUAUCCUGUCAGUUCACAGACAACUAUGCACUCUGCCCUGAAGUGUGUCUACUCCCAGCCAACACUUAUUUUCACACUGCAGUCCACCAGCUGAAGUUCAGUCGUUGCAUCAGAGCAGAAUGCAUCAGGCACAGCUGGUACAGGCAGACUUCGGAGAGGAGUGGCGUUUGUGGCACGAGACAGGGACAAUCCCAAUACUGUCGCUCUCUGGGGAAUCCCAGAGCAACCGCCAACCAUGUGCUGCAAGGUGCCACACAAUACUGAAAUGCAGUAACCUGCUUAAAAGCUUUCUCAUUCAUGUCAUCAGAUAUAUAACACUAAUAACAGUGAACUGUUUUAUAGGUAAAUGCAUGAGAAUUGAUAAUUGUGGCAUUUCUAAUAUUUGAUAUAAUUUAUAUUAUGUGCAGUGAAAGUAAACUUUAUGCUUAUUUACAGUAAAAAAAAAAAUGACAUUCAAAGUUUAUUGAAAUGCGAUUGUCACAAGUCUCUUAAAGUUUAUUAACAUCUGAAUAUCACAUAUUGAAUAUCACAUUAACUUCAUUUGAAAUAAAUCUCUUAAUAUGUAGAUGUAAUACUUAAAUUUGUGAAUAUAUAUCUGUCAGGUGUCCAUUAUUUUUUGUUCAUCUUCAGGCAUUGAAAAUAAUUGAAAAUAUGUCUAGCAAUUAUAUUGUUCCAUUUUGUUCCCUGUCUGUUUUCUAAAUAUACAGCAUCCUCUUAUUUGAUUUGUACUGGGCAUGCUUUUUUUCUAGCAUAAAUAUCGUUUUUCAAUAGUAUUUUUAUAUUUUUGUAACAGGAGCUUUGAAUUACUUUCAGAAAAAUGUUCAGCACACUUUGCUCAGACUAAAAAGGGUGCGUCUAUGUUUAAUCUACUACAUUUCAGGUACAACGUGUUAACUGUAUCCUCCCAUUAGAACCUGCUGACCUCACUCUACCAGUUUCUUACACUUAGACCGACUGUGGGUCAUUUGGCAGUGUGGCACAUUCCUCUGCAUUACACAUAGGUCUAAAAUUUAUACACCCUUGGCCUUUAAUGCCAAGGAUAGACUUGACCUGCUAUUUAUAUCAUUUGGGCAAUUAUUUUGCACUUUGACUUUCUCUACUGUAACUGUAGAACAGGCCCGCUAAAUGUCACAUGGUAAGUGAGAAGAGGCCUAAUUCAUUUGCUGUGCUCUUUCUCCUUUCACCAAACUUUUAAGAAAUAAAUAUCUAAUAUUACAAUUUGCAGCCA